ACCUAACAUCAGCCAGCUAGCCAGACAAUCGCCAAACCACCGAGCCGUUUCACUCGGAUUCCUCGAGAUUCAGGUCUUUGAGCGGUGGUUCCCUGCCAUACUGCCCCCUGGCUUCCCCUACUUUAGCACUAAAGUGACUAUUGAACACUUCAAACUCCAAACAAAGCCUCUACCCCCCUACCGCCCACCCGUGCACCAAAACACACUCUAGCCCAACCAAGAUAAACCGAAAACGAGAUGCUCACCUCCCUCCUGACCCGCAAUCCCUUCCGCCCCCGCUCCUCCACCACCUCAAACUCAAGCACGAACUCCGAUGCCGCCGAUCCAGGCUUCGACUCAUUCAUCGCGACCCUGCGCGCGCGCCGGUCCAGCGAUGAGUGGGGAAAGGAGGGACCCGAGGGGGAUUUAUAUAGGCUACGAUGCCUCGCCGAGGAAAUGACAUUGCUCAGCGAGAGGAAUUAUGGAUGCGGGGGCGGGAGAAGAAAGGUUCGUCCAUCAUUAUUUUCCAUUCCAUUUCCAAUCCCUUCCUUUUUACUGCCCGCCGAUCCCCUUUCACUGGGGAUGGGAGCGUGGUCGGUCCGAUGAGCUCGCGACAUUAAUUCGGAAGUUUAGGAUGAUGAUAACCGACGGGGAAAUUAUGCUUAGGGGAUGGUUUUAAUCGGGUAUGUUGCUUGUGGUGGUGGUGGCGGUGAGUCUUGUCCGCGUCCUGUUUGUUCCGUUUUGGGUCAUUCGAUCGUGGGAGAUGCUAAUUGUUUCGCGAUCGUAGUUUGGCGACCGACCGAUCGUGCGGGCCGGGCCGUUACUGAUUGUAGAAAUACUUGCGGGGUUUCCCCUCUCCAUUGUCCAUUUUCUUUUCCUUCUUAUGGGGGGUUUGUGUUUGAGCUGGGCCAUCAUCCUAGCGGCUCGUUCGUUCUGGUUGUUCUUUUGUCCCGGAGUUUGACUUUAUCAUCAUGUAUUUCAUAACCAGCAGUACAGUAUCACCAUCAAAAGUCUGUCGCGAAGGCACAGCAUAGCAGUAGUUGGAGCAAUAUUGGCACAAUAAUCUAA